AUGGACUCGACAUAUCUCUCCGCUAUGAGAAGCGAAACAUUGAAAAAUUCGUCACAAUGGCGGUCUUGGCACAACCGAAUGAAGGCAUUUGCUCUGCAACGGCUAGUUUGGGACCUCUGCAACUCAGCUAUCGAGAAGGCAAAGCUUCCUACUCCUUUACUUGAGCCAAUUGUACCCGAGUACUCUGAGACAGGAGACCAGGACGAAAAGGCGCGAUGGAGAGACCUAUUUGAGGUCUAUAAAAUUGAGGCAAUCCGUUGGAAAAGGCAGCGGAAAGGCCUACUAGAACGAUUUGCUAAUUCCCGCGCCUUGGAGGAAGAGAUUCGAAUGAAAUGGAGAGCUUUUCCAUCUCAAAAACCCACUGGGGAUGUCGACGAAUGGGUCACGUUAUGGGAAGAGAUGUACGAGCAAGCGGCAAGCCUCAAAUCCAGCGAUGUUGCUAGCGCGAAUAAAGACUUUUUACAAGCAAUUAAGGAAGUCUUGCCGACCUGGUGGCAAGCAAAUUACCAGCAGAUCAUA